AAGUACAGAGUACAUCAGAGAGGUACCGCCAAAAAUGAUAGUGUCAACAAGUAUAUCUAAGUUAUCGAGAUAUCACAAGCCAGUGCUUUUGGCUGGCAAAAACUCGUAUAAAAAUGGAAAUACGUCCUACGUUAAGUUUAGUAACGCUAGAAGAAAAAGUCACACGAACGCCGGCACGGAAGUCAUCACGCUGUCUGAUGGCAAGCAGCUCAGCCUGUCUACAGGCAAAUAUGCACGUUUCGCUGAUGGUAGUGCAAUUGCGUCUUUGGGCGACACUUCCGUCAUGGUCACAGCAGUUUGCAAGCAUCAGUCGUCUAGCUCCUCGUUCCUUCCACUCGUCGUAGAUUAUAGACAGAAGGCAGCAGCGGCCGGUCGCAUACCGACAAAUUUCUUACGGAGAGAACUCGGACCGACUGAAAACGAGAUUCUCACGAGCAGAGUCAUUGAUCGGUCAAUACGGCCGUUAUUUCCAGAGGGAUUCCACUUCGACACACAGAUAAUGUGCAAUAUGUUAGCCGUCGAUGGUAUGAACGAUCCUGACGUGAUUGCCAUUAACGGCGCCUCCGCGGCUCUUAGUGUCUCCGAUAUACCGUGGAACGGUCCUGUGGGCGCGAUCAGGAUCGGGAUGAUCGAUAAUGAAUUUAUAAUUAAUCCUACAAGACGUCAAAUUCAAGAUAGUAUAUUAAAUAUGAUUAUCACUGCGACUAAACAUAAUUUAAUCAUUAUGUUAGAGGGUUCGGCCAAUGAGAUAUUGGAGCCGGAUCUGAGGAAGGCGAUAAAGCUUGGCGUAAAAGAAUGCCAGAGUAUUGUAAACGCGAUAGCAAACUUGCAGAAGAUGUACGGUAAAACGAAAAGAAAGAUCGAAACUAACGAACAAUUACAAGACAAUGAUUUGAUCAGUUCUGUGAAGGAACUUUCGGAGAUAAAAUUACGAGAUAUAUUUUCAAAUCAGGCCCAUGAUAAGAUUUCUAGGGACAAUGCGAUUAAUGAUCUUAGAAAUAAUGUUAUUGAAACAUUGAAGAAUGAUAAUGCAGAUUUGGAUGUUAAAUCGGCGGAAAAAAUAUUUGGAAAAAUUACCAAAGAUCUUUUCAGGACACUGAUCUUAGAGACAGACGUCAGAUGCGACGGUCGUCCAAUGGAUGGUAUACGCGAUAUAUCAUGUCAGGUAGAUCUUUUUAACCCUCUUCAUGGCUCGGCUGUGUUUCAACGGGGACAGACCCAGGUCAUGUGUACUGUGACUCUGGACUCUCUGGAAAGCGCGCUUAAGAUGGACCCCAUGUCAAUGCUAAUUAGUGGCGUGAAGGAAAAAAAUUUCUUUCUCCAUUACGAAUUUCCGCCCUAUGCAACUAAUGAAACAGGACACGUAGGUCGGAUAGGCCGCCGGGAGAUGGGACAUGGCGCCUUAGCGGAGAAAGCCUUGCGGCCGAUUCUUCCAAAGGACUAUCCGUUCACCAUAAGAUUAACUAGCGAGGUUUUGGAAUCAAACGGUUCUUCUUCAAUGGCUACCGUUUGUGGCGCAAGUUUAGCAUUGCUCGAUGCAGGCAUACCUAUAUCUUCAUCAGCAGCAGGUGUGGCCAUCGGUCUCGUGACUAAAUAUAAUGAAACUAACAUGGAUAUUGACAAUUAUAAGAUAUUGACCGACAUAUUGGGAAUCGAAGAUUAUUUCGGAGAUAUGGAUUUCAAAAUGGCAGGCACCAAGCGGGGAUUCACCGCAUUGCAGGCCGAUGUAAAGAUACCAGGAGUUCCACUAAAAAUCAUAAUGGAGUGCAUACAGCAAGCGACAAUUGCUAAACGGGAGAUCAUUAAAAUUAUGAACGAAGUAAUACGAACACCGCAACAAAAGAAAAAGGACAAGAUGCCAGUGGUUGAUAGUUUAGAGGUUCCUAUUCAUCAAAGAGGAAAGUUUCUCGGAAUCGGCGGGAUGAAUAUAAAGAAGAUAUUCUUGGAAACCGGAGUGCACAUAUUUCCACAAGACGAGAACACAUAUUCUAUAUUUGCGCCAAACGAAGAUGCCAUGACCGAAGCUAAGGAAAUGAUAGAAAAUAUUCUGCAGAAGGAUCGCGAGCCGACCUUAGAGUUUGGCGCCAUUUAUACCGCGAGGAUAGUAGAAAUACGAGAGAUUGGAGUUAUGGUGACGCUAUAUUCUAAUAUGGUGCCAGCAUUGUUACCUAAUUCUCAAUUAGAUCAACGCAAGAUUCAUCACCCUAGUGCUCUGGGACUUGAAGUUGGGCAGGAGAUACAAGUCAAGUACUUCGGACGAGACCCAGUGUCCGGACAGAUUAGGAUAUCGCGGAAAGUACUGCAAGAACCGAUCUCGAUCUCGAGAACUCUGCAUCGGGAUAAUGAUCGAGAAAGGAUGUGAAGCCCAUAAAUUAUUAUGUUUUAAACUGAAACACAUACAUUGUAAACUGUUUGGGUUGCGAGAAGAUGACGCUAUACAUUUUCCCGUUUAAAACUAUGAAUAUUUUUUGCAGAUUCCAACUGUAUAUAUCUGUUGAAUAUAACAUUUUUGUAUGAUGCCGUUGUUAAGAAUAGAAACAUAAAAAUACCGCGAUUAUAAAAUA